GCUGCUUGGUCUUCUUUGAUCCUGGCGGUGGGCGUGGCUCUGUCCGGGUUCCUGCAGGAGCUGCUGCCGCCAACACCUGGUGAAGAGGUGAUUACUGCUCCUUCAUUCAGACCAGAGGAGUCCAACUCUAACGGGGAGUCGGUGUUCUCCGGAGGCAGAGAGGAUGAAACAUGUAAAACCCGGAAGAGGAGUGGCGGUAAAUCAGUUUACUGAAGAGGCUCCUCCAUCUGGGAUGUCCAAGAACGGAUACUUUUUUCAAGAAAUGGAGCAGCGGGAGGCGGAGCUAGAGGAGGGCAGCGAGGGUCGAGAGGAGGGACAGGACCUGCCCAUCUCCUGCGGAGACGACAUCCAUCUUUACGACAACCAGAUCAGCCCCGGAACAGUACGUGAAGCUGAUGAACUUCGAGGAGGAGGUCCGGGCGCACCGGGACCUGGACGGCUUCCUGGCGAGGGCGAGCAUCCUGCUGGAUGAGACGGCCGCCUCCCUGGACGAUGUCCUGAAGAGGAUGCUGCACCACGUGGGUCAGGACAGCCACGUCUGUGAGCCCAGCUGCAACUUUGAGGAGGUGAUGAGCAUGCUGUUCACAGACGCAGGAGCCCAGGAGGUCAACGACAAGUCUCAAAGUUUCGUUUUCUUUGAUGACGUGCACCUGCUGUCGGAGACCAUCCAGGGCGUGACGGCCACGGCCACCGGGGUCCAGUACCAGCAGUCCUGGCUCUGCGUUCUUGUAAAGACUUCUUCAGAGCCGGCCGGGGCAUUUAUGAGGACCUGUGCCGCAGACUGCCUUUCUACACUUCUGACUUCACAGAUGGUAUAGUCGGCGGUAAUAAAACCCUGCUGAAGUACAUGACCACGGCCAUCUUCCUCUACAUCGCCAUCCUGCUUCCCGCCAUCGCUUUCGGCUCGCUCAACGACGAGAGCACGCGUGGUGAAAUCGAUGUUAGGAAGACCAUCAUUGGGCAGAGCAUCGGCGGCGUCAUCUACUCGCUGUUCGCCGGUUCUCCUUUAGUUAUCCCUCUGACCACAGCGCCACUCGCCAUCUUCAUCAGCGUGAUCCGAGGGAUUUGUGAUGACUACAACCUGGAUUUUCCAGCUUUCUACGCCUGCAUCGGUUUAUGGAACUGCCUCUUCCUCAUCCUGGGAGGAAUCUUCAACGUCAGCCUGGUGAUGAAGCUCUUUAAAAGGUCGACAGAGGAGGUCAUUGCUCUCUUUAUAUCCAUUGCAUUUGUAGUUGAUGCUGUGAAAGGCACAAUAAAAAUUUUUCAUAGGUACUAYCACUCAGCCACUCUGGCAAACAGAAGCACGGAGUAUUUUCCUCAGGCUGGAGAUCUGCUGGGAGGAAACAGAAGCGACGUGACGGUCGGGUCUGUGUUCGGAGCGUUCCCCGAGUCUCUCAUCCAGUGCACGAGGGAGAGGCCUGUCCUGUGCCUGCUGCUGAUGCUGGGCACGCUGUGGAUGGGCUACACUCUCUACCAGUUCAAACGAAGUCCCUUCCUGCAUGCCAAGGUGAGGGAGGUUCUGUCGGACUGCGCCCUGCCCAUCUCGGUGCUCCUCUUCUCCUUCAUCGGCUCCUACCUGUUCAGCGACAUCGAGCCAUCGUCCAGGUGAAGGAGACCCGUCUGACGUCUCUGGCUGCCAACAUCUUCAUCGGCGUGUCGGUUCUGCUGCUGCCCGUCCCGCUCCAGUGGAUCCCCAAACCGGUCCUGUACGGCCUCUUCCUCUACAUCGCCCUCACCUCCAUCGAUGGCAACCAGAUGUGUGACCGCAUGGCUCUCCUUUUGAAGGAGCAGACGUCUUACCCGCCCACCCACUACAUCCGUAAAGUGCCGCAGAGGAAGAUCCACUACUUCACCUUCCUGCAGAUGGUUCAGCUGCUGGUGCUCUGCACGUUCGGCAUGUACCCCAUACCCUACAUGAAGAUGAUCUUUCCUCUGGUCAUGGUCCUCCUGAUCCCCAUCAGGAACAACGUUCUUCCUCAUAUCAUUGAGGCCAAAUAUUUGGACAUCAUGGAUGCCCAACACAUGUAGCCAGAAGAACCGCAGCUCUGGAUCUUCAGAAAAAUAAAAAAGACACAUUUUUAAAUGAAGGAGUGCAGAAACUGGGACUGUUUGGGUUUUUGUAUCUGAGUUCCGUCCUGCGGGUGAAGUUCUGGAAACCCUGAGAGCUGGACUUCACGUUUGAUCACCCCCCCCCCCACACACACACACACACACACACACACUUCAGGACGUCCUGUCUGCGGCAUGUUUGUGUUGAAAACACCCAACAUCUUUGUGUUGCUGUAAGAAACAAAAAUCUUGACUUUUAGUUUUAAAACAUUUAAUUUAAACUGGACGGUUUCAAAGUCCUGAAGCUGAGUUUUCUGUUUGAACGUGUCCCUCCUGAGGGUCUUUAGGGGUCCCUCUGGUCCGUUCUGGUCUGCUGUAGACCAGGUGUCUGCUGGUUCUUGUUUUAGCUGAUAUUUUACUGACAGGUGUGUUUUAGACCUGGACUUUCAGGACUGCGGUCUUAGAUGGUUCAGGUUCAAGGAGAUGUGGAUCAGGGGGUGGGAUCCAGUCCUGGUCCUCGAGUAUGGCAUAAAUCUUGUGCCAGCAGGA